CGGGCGGAGGAUGGAGGCAGAGCGAGCAGGUGCCGCCGCCAGGAGGAGCGGGCUGGCUGCGCGCGGGGCGCUGUAGGGCGCGGCGCAUCCUCCCCUUCCCCCGGGAGGAGCGGGACGUGCCCACCGCGCGGUGCUGGGCGGGCGGUGGCGGAGGUGUGAGGCGGAGCCGGGGAUGUGAGCGGGGAGAGGCAGCGGCUCGGGGGCGUCGGAGCAGCCGGGCACGCCUGGCGCGGCGCUCGCUCGCUCGCUCCCUCCCUCCAUCCGUCCCACCGGCGGGGCUGAGCCUACGGCCCCGCCGCAGAGGAGCGCGGGCUCGGCGGCUGCAGCCCCUCCCGCCGCCCGCUGGCAGUGACCGACCCGCCGCGCCCCAGCACGAUGCCCGCCCGCUCGCUGCAGAAGAAGGCGUGACGGCGAGGAGCGGACCCGCCGCCGCGGGAAGGAGGAGCGGCGCCACGUACCUCCGCAGCCGCGGGUGGGCGGCCGGGCGGAGCGGGGGAGCGCGGCGCCCUGCCGCUAGCCGCCUCACUCCGGGAGCCCGAUGCCAGCGCCGGUGCUGCGGCUCGCUCUGCCUCCUCGCGAAAAUGCGUCGGUGCCCGUCGCACUGCCGGCGGGAGUGCUAGCGGGAGAGGCGGCGUGGAGCCCUGCGCGCACCGCCUGCCCCAUCCCGCUCCGCGUCUGAGGCGCACGGAGCCCUCGGCGACCGCUCACGUCCCAGCCAGCAGCGCCACAGCCGCCGCCAGCCCCUCGCGGAGAAGGCGAGCGCUUCCCCGUCCGCCCGCAGGAGGGGACCCGUCUGCCCCCGGAGUCGCCGCCGCCCGCCCGGGGGCCGGAGCCGCUGCUUGCGGGCGCCUGGCGGGGCCGGCAGCCAUGGGAGCCCGGCCCGCGGGGGGCGCUCCCUAGGGCGCGGGCGGCCCCGUUCGGCCCGGCAGCUGCGAGCCGGCGGCGCGGCCCCCCGGGCCUGCGCGGCGAGCCCAGCGCAGCGGCCCGCCGCCACGGGGCUGCGGAGCUGCCGGCGCGGCGAGGAGCGCCCCGGGGACGCGGCCCGCGCGGCACCGCCGGUGCCCAGCGCCGCCGGCCGCCAUGGGGGAACAACCCAUCUUCAGCACCCGAGCUCACGUCUUCCAGAUUGACCCAAACACUAAGAAGAACUGGGUUCCCACCAGCAAGCAUGCUGUUACUGUGUCCUACUUCUAUGACAGCACAAGAAAUGUCUACAGGAUAAUCAGUUUGGAUGGCUCAAAGGCAAUAAUCAAUAGCACUAUCACCCCCAACAUGACAUUUACUAAAACAUCCCAGAAGUUUGGCCAGUGGGCAGACAGCAGAGCGAAUACAGUCUAUGGCUUGGGAUUCUCAUCUGAACAUCACCUUUCAAAAUUUGCUGAAAAAUUUCAGGAAUUCAAGGAAGCUGCACGACUAGCAAAGGAAAAAUCCCAAGAAAAGAUGGAGCUAACAAGUACACCCUCUCAAGAAUCAGCUGGAGGGGAUAUUCAAUCUCCUUUAACGCCGGAAAGUAUUAAUGGAACAGAUGACGAGAGAGUGACACCAGAAGUGACGCAGAACUCAGAACCAAGGGCUGAACCAACCCAGAACGCAUUGCCAUUUACCCAUAGUUCGACAAUCAGCAAGCAUUGGGAGGCAGAACUGGCCACGCUCAAGGGUAAUAACGCUAAGCUCACAGCAGCCCUGCUGGAGUCCACUGCCAACGUCAAACAAUGGAAACAACAACUCGCCGCGUAUCAGGAGGAAGCAGAACGUCUUCAUAAGCGGGUGACUGAGCUAGAGUGUGUGAGCAGUCAAGCCAAUGCAGUCCACACACAUAAAACAGAAUUAAACCAGACAAUACAGGAGUUAGAGUCUACACUGAAGAAAAAAGAAGAGGAAAUAGAAGGAUUGAAGCAAGAAAUCAACAAUGCCAGAGAGCUCCAGGCACAGAGGGAUUCUCUGACCCAGAAGUUACAGGAAGUAGAAAUUCGAAACAAAGACCUGGAAGGCCAGCUGUCUGAUCUAGAGCAACGUCUGGAGAAAAGUCAGAAUGAGCAAGAAGCUUUUCGCAAUAACUUGAAGACACUUUUAGAAAUUCUUGAUGGAAAAAUAUUUGAACUAACAGAGCUACGAGAUAACUUGGCCAAGCUAAUAGAAUGCAGCUAAAGAAAAUGGGAUUUCAGUGCCAAUCAGCUUAAAGAUGCACUGUCUCUCUUCAUAGGACUAUGUUGGGCUCUGCAUCAAAGUUGCACAAAAUUAGAAAACGCUCCUCUGAGAGGGCUUGUUUUAAAUUUGAGUCAUAUUUCAAUGUAAAAUUUAGAAUUCAGCUUGUAGCUAGUUGAAGAAAAAAAAAACCUAACAAAAAAACUUGAAUUACAAAUUACCUCCUUGUACGUUAUUGGCCAUAGAUAACUUGAAA